AUGGGUUCCAUACUAAAGGAACAUAUAAGCCAGAUAAGAGCCAUACUGUCCGAUUUGAAGGAUGACACGCAAUUAGGUGAAGAAACUGGGGAUGGUGGCGGCAAUGGAGUGCUCAAGAUGAAGAACUGCUUGGGGAAGAUAAUUCUGUUGACCAGGUUCAUGAGGGAGAAAUUUGUGGAAAGUGACGAGUUCUGCGAUCAGGAAAAAGCUGCCAACGGGAUAAUCUUGUCACAAUGCUCUCAGAACAUAAAGGGACUUUCCUCGAUCCUGCCGUUAUUUCAGAGUGAAGGAAGGCUCAACGGGGCGAAUCAAUCCUUCUUUCACCUUCACGUUGAUAGUGUCCUUAUUCAGCUGGAGACUGUAAUCAGUAAUGCCUCGAAAAAGUGUUCCCCACCCAAGGAUACUGAUAGGGAGUCAAGAGAUAUGAAAACGGAAAGUCCCCAAAAUGAAAGUUCCACGGAUAAGUUAAAUGAUUUGCGCCUCCAGUUAAUAAACGCUGAGAAAAAACGGGAUCUGGAACAAAUAGGAUACAAGUUGAUGAUAUCGAAAGAGCGGCUUUUGGUCCGUCAGGCUCUGAAAAGACAGGAGAUCGCGGAACUGAAGCUGACCGAAGAGCAGAAUCGAUCCAAGGAACUCGAGAAAAGUCUAUCGGAAACCCAGCUCAAAAUAAAAAUCCUCACCGAAGAGAAUCAGAAACUCAAGGAUAUGCAGAAAGAACUUUCUAAAACUCAAUUGAAAGAAAGAAAUCUGCGGAAAAGUACAAGCUGCUUUAAAAGUAAAGGUCAAAGUUUUUUAAAACCUCCCGUGAAGUGUGCGCUGCUAUCCGAGGAUUUGUGGGAUAAGCUAUACAAGUCCUGCUCUCAGUCAUCACCUAUCAUAUCUAAUACGCGUUUAAUCCGAGUUUGGUCAAGGGACAAGACCAAAUCUUUGGUUAUUAAGGACUCGUCUGUUGGUUCGGUGACUAGUAAAGCAGCCUCAAAGAUUUCCAGUUUCCCAGCGCUGCCGAAAUACCUGGGAAAAACCUUUGGCGAUCGGUGGCUCAGUCUUCUGCGGUGGUGCAAAGAAAGAGUGAAACCAUACGGUCUUCCCAUGUACGAGUUCAGUUCUUCCUGGACCAGCGGACGUGCUUUGUGCGCCAUCCUUCACUCUUAUAAACCCGACCUGAUUGACAGCAUAUAUCUUUCGAAGAAGGAACCCAAAGAGACCUUGACAUAUGGCGUAAAUGUGGCCCAAAACCUAGGUGUUACCAACACCAUUGACUUGGUUGGGGAAUGCCUAAAAAGGCAUCCCAACUUCAUGAAGGUCGUCGAUUUUGUGGACGAGCUGCAAAACUGUCUGGAGCCAGAGUUAUGAGGCAAUAAUUGGCAUCUGUUUUUAUAAACAUAUAUUUCUAUAUUUUCUAUAAAUGUGAAUAAAUGAAUUUCUUUGUGGUAGGGUAUGACGACAGAGGGCUUUUUACUGUUUGGAAGAGCAUACAAUAUAAU